GCUGCUGAGAGGGUCUUUGGGGAACUGACUUACUCCACUCUCACAGGGGAGGAGUUUUAAAGUGAGUGUUGGGGCAAACUCUUGAGUAACCAAUGACUUCCAGCAUCACUUCAUAGCAAGCCUGCCUCCACACUUGGGUCUCCCCCCGUUCAUGUGAGAGCUUUUCCAGCCACAGCAGCAGCAGCCAUGCACUAGAUUCUCCAGAGGAAGGGUCUGCGAGUGUUAGCAAAGUUUUUCUGUCUCUGCUUUCACUCAGUGGAUGCUAAGUGGACCCCGAACAGCUUGGAUUUCACUGUUGACCUGCUGGCCGACAGGUGGCACUUUUGGGGAAACAGCGAGUGCCACCAGCUGAGACAUCUGGAGGACUUUUAGCAGCAAGCAGCAGCAUGUUCAGGAUCCAAGCGUUGCUGCUUUUGCUGGUCCUCUGUGCUGGCUGCUCAGAGGCCUGGUUUUGGUACUCAACCUCAGAGGGCACCACUCCAAUACCAGUGACAGCAGUGACAGAAACGACAGGUGCCACCACAACAUCUAGUGGCACAAAGAAGAAAGAGGAAGAGGAUGACAACCUGUCUGGGGUUGGGGAGGAAAUCCUCAACGUUGCCACAGGAAUCCGUAAGUUUGUUGAAGCGUGGGCCGGGACCGAGACCACCACGACUGUCCAGACACCAGAGAAGGUGGAGAGCGCUGACUCUAACGCAACGGAUGACAGUGGUGUCUCUUUGCUUCAGCUGAUAGGAGACCCUCCACCUGCAGACAUCACCAGGGUCUUUGGACCACUAGGAGAGAUUGCCUAUGCCUUCACCCCAGCAGCUGCGUCUGGCCAACCAGCUCUGGCCUAUGUCCCUAACCCAUUUCACCGCCACUUUUCCCUCCUGUUCCACCUUAAGCCCACCACCCCCAAGGCCUCAGUUCUCUUCUCCCUCACCGAUGGGCCACAGAAGAUCAUGUAUGUUGGCGUCAAACUCAGCGCGGUGCAGUCCGGUCGUCAGAGGGUUCAGCUGUUCUACACCGAGCCCGACUCUGAGGCUUCCUAUGAGGCAGCCAGCUUUGAGGUGGCCAGCCUGGUGGAUAAGUGGAGUCGAUUCUCACUGUCUGUCUUUGAUGACCAAGUGACCUUCUAUCUAGGCUGCGACUCUGAGCCACAGAUGAAAAAGUUUGAGCGUUCCCCAGAUCCAAUGGAGCUGGAUCAGGGGGCCGGGAUUUUUGUGGGUCAAGCAGGAGGGGCUGACCCAGACAAGUUCCAGGGGGAUAUCGCAGAUGUCAAAGUGGUGGGAAACCCUCGCGCAGCUGAGCGUUUGUGUGAUGAUGAGGACGACUUUGAUGCUGCGUCAGGAGAUUUUGGCAGUGGUGACGGAUACACAAGACAGACAGCAAUCACUAGCACCUCUGCACCGUCCCGUCCAGUACCACAGCCGCCUCUGAUCUCUUCUUCAGAAAGAACUAUUGUCAAGCAAACAGAAGUCAGAUAUCCAUCAGUGGACCACAGUCAACCUGGGUCUCCUGGCCCCAGAGGUCCCAGUGGUGCUAAAGGUGAGAAAGGUGACCGAGGAGAGAAGGGCUCACAGGGUGAAUCUGGUCCUGUGGGGCCAAAAGGUGAAUCAGGCUCCAUCUCUGGACCCGGUGUGUCCUCUCAGGGUGGGGAGAAAGGACAGAAGGGUGACAAAGGUGCAAAGGGCAGUUCUGGGUUUGGUUACCCUGGCAACAAAGGGGAACGAGGGGCUCAGGGGCCUCCUGGGCCUGAAGGUCCUCCUGGCCCUGCAGCUAAGGUGGUCCGCCUUGGGGACGGCUCUGUUGUGCAGCAGGUAUCAGGACCAGUCGGACCACCUGGACCACCAGGAUCGGACGGUCCUGCAGGACCUCCAGGAGCUGACGGAGAACCUGGCGAUCCUGGAGAGGACGGCAAAGUUGGUCCUCCUGGGCCAGCUGGUGUUCCAGGAACCCCUGGAACAGAAGGAGGCAAAGGCCAAAAAGGUGACCCCGGAGAAGGCCAGCCUGGACCCAGGGGACCACCAGGUCCUCCAGGACCUCCAGGACCAGGCACCGGUGAUCGCCCAACAUUUGUGGACAUGGAGGGCUCAGGAUUUGCAGACAUGGAGAAAAUUCGGGGACGUCACGGCCUUCCUGGUCUACCUGGCCCUCCUGGCCCACCAGGCCCUCCUGGGAUCCCUGGGACUUCAAUGGCCCUUGGCUCAAAUGGUCCCAUAGCCUUUGGACCUCCUGGACCACCGGGACAAGAUGGAGUCCCUGGUGUACCGGGUCUUCCUGGUCCUCCUGGUGCACCUGGUCAACCUGGACUCAGAGGAGAGAAGGGUGACAGUGGGGAGCUGGGUCUCCCAGGAACACACGGUGAAAAGGGGGCUCAUGGUGAACCAGGACAGACUGGUCUGCCUGGACAGAUGGGGCUCGCGGGGCUUCCAGGUCCCAUGGGACCUGUGGGUCCUCCAGGACCUCCUGGACCGCCAGGACCCCCUUAUCGUGUUGGAAUUAGUGACCAUGAAGGAUAUGAGACCAGUGGUGUCCUUGGUCUUGCAGGUCCACCAGGACCACAGGGUCCUCCUGGUAUUGCAGGCCUACCUGGUAAACCAGGUUUACCAGGCAUUAAUGGACAGAAAGGAGAUGAAGGAUCAAGAGGACCAACUGGGUUUCCAGGUUUAGACGGAGCAGAAGGACCACGUGGUGACAAGGGAGACACCGGAGAAAAAGGCCAGAUGGGUCUUCCAGGUCGAGAUGGUGGACUUCCAGGGCCUCCAGGACCCCCAGGACCUCCAGGGGAGAUUGUCUACCAGACAGGCGAUUAUAACGACCUUUAUUGGAACGAAGGGUCACAGGGAGGGCCUGGUACUCCAGGACGAGCAGGAUUUCCAGGGCCCAUGGGACCAAAAGGAGACAGAGGGGAUACAGGUCCUCCAGGAUAUGCACCUAAGGGUCAGAAAGGUGAACCCGGUGUUAUCAUGGGGCCUGAUGGGAGACCAUUGUACAUUGGUGGACUUGCAGGACAGCCGGGUGAGAUGGGACCUCCUGGACCGGUGGGACCUCCAGGACCAGUUGGUCCUUCAGGACAGAAAGGAGAGAUUGGUCUUCCAGGACGUCCAGGAAGACCAGGACUGAAUGGUGCCAGAGGAGAGAAGGGAGACUCAGGCACAGGAUCUGGAUAUGUGUACCCAGGUCCUCCAGGUCCACCAGGGCCUCCAGGACCUCCUGGACCUCCGGCUUCUGCCUCUAGACUUGGAGGACAUGAUGAAGAUUCCAGAUACUAUUAUGGUCUGAAAGGAGAGAAAGGUGACCGCGGACCGCCGGGAAUUCUUCAAAUCCCAGGGUUUGGAGCCACUUAUGACUUUUACACAUUGAAGAAUGAGUUGAAAGGUGACCAAGGCAGCCCUGGGUUCAAAGGAGAGAAAGGAGAACCUGGAGGAGGAUAUUAUGACCCCCGCUAUGGUGGGAGUGGAGUGGGUGUUCCAGGACGCCCUGGACCUCCGGGACCUCCUGGUGACUCUGUUGCUGGUCCACCAGGCCCUCAGGGUCCACAAGGUCCACCAGGCAGAGGUUAUGAUGGGCAGCCAGGGCCUCCAGGGCCGCCUGGUCCUCCAGGACCUUCUGUGUCUGGACCUUACGGGGGCACACAAACCAUCAAUAUUCCGGGGCCACAGGGACCACCUGGAGUUCCAGGACUGCCUGGACUCUCAUCUGGGGUGACCGUGUUGAGGUCUUAUGACAUCAUGACAGCCACGGCUAGACGACAGCCUGAGGGAUCUCUGGUGUACAUUCUAGAUCAAACAGAUCUGUAUUUACGUGUGAGGGAUGGCAUUCGACAAGUGCAGCUUGGCAGCUACAUUCCUUUGACCAGAGAUGAUGACAAUGAAGUUGCAGCUGUGAACCCGCCUCCUGUUGUCCCCUACUCCCCUGAACACCACACCGACACCAACGCCCAAAGUCCAACCGACAGUCUCUCCCAGCCCGAUGUCCAUCACUCCACACACGCAGAACCUCAACAGCCGUCACAUACACAUCCCAGAGUGCCAGUCAACCCUGACCCGUGGUACCAGCCAAAUCCACAUUACCCUUCACCAACUGAUCCAAGAUAUCCAAGUUACUCUGAAAGAAUAAACCAUCCAGAUGGUAGAUAUUCUAUUUACACCACCCAGCCCCGCCCUGUCUACCCAGAUGGCCGAUACUUGGUCACUUCCUACCGUAGACCACCUCCGCCUGUUCCUCAGACUCCGGUCCACCACCACGCGUCAGGUCCAGGCCUCCACCUGAUCGCUCUGAACAGCCCCCAGACGGGCUUCAUGAAAGGCAUCCGCGGGGCAGACUUCCUGUGCUUCACCCAGGCUCAGGCUAUCGGUAUGAAGGGUACAUUCCGGGCCUUCCUUUCUGCAAGACUACAAGAUCUCCAGAGCAUCGUGCGCAGGGCAGACAGGGACCGUAUGCCAAUAGUCAACCUGAAGGAUGAGGUUUUGUUCGACAGCUGGAACUCCAUCUUCAACCACGGCACGAUGAAGGAGAAUGUGCCCAUUUACUCCUUCGACGGCAAAAACGUCCUCACUGACAGCACAUGGCCUGAGAAGAUGAUUUGGCACGGGUCGACCAGUGCGGGUCACCAACACAUGGACGGCUACUGUGAGACGUGGAGGGUUGGUGACCACGCCGUGAGUGGCAUGGCCUCAUCACUUCAUAAUGGGAAUCUUCUGGAGCAGAGCUCCAGCAGCUGCUCCAGCUCUUUGGUGGUGCUGUGCAUAGAGAACAGCUACGUCGGCCAGGCCAAGAGAUAGACACACACACACAGAGACACACAUACACGUCUCCACUGUCCACACAAUCACUUUUAUCUGUCUUUAAUCCAUACAUGUGGUGCUCUGUAAAUAGGUUUCUUAUCUUAUUAUUAUCUCCAUGUUUGUUAGCCAGUCUUACGUGGUGUUACACAGGAUUAGAGUAUGUGUCAAGCCUGAGUUUAAGCUCUGGUUACACACACACAAUAACACGUUGUCUUGCAGGCAAAACACAAGUUGUGCCUUUUUUCUGUCAAGUGUUACAAUAUACUUUAGGGCACGUUUUCUUCUUAGUAACAAGAAGAAGUCGAUCAAGUUAAGUCUCAUAUUCUGACUGAUUUAUUCAAGUGUAAAUCUGAAGACGUUGUCAUGUCUUCCUGUACCAUUUACAUGUCCCAUAUUUGCAUUCUUAAGAUUUAUCUAAGUGACAGUAAUAUGGUGGUGUAAAAAGCUUAGAGUGACACGGAGGAAAUACAUACAGACAUUCCAUUUUUUUGUUAGUCUUUCUGUCAUGUUACAACAGUGUUAAGACGUGAAAACAAGUUGUCCGGGAUCUUUAACACCACAUUUAGUUUGAUUUAUAUAAAACAUAUGUUUUCCUGUGCUUCAGUUGAAACAUUGGGUAAGUAAAAUACUCAAGUAAUUUUUUUUAGCUGUUGCAUUAUAAUGAUAUAAUUCUUCUUCUUCUCUCGAGUGACAUCUGUAAACCCUAGCACUAGUUUCUUCCCCUUUGCUACUGUCUUCUCUGGGGUGGUCUCCAAGUGGUACUUUUGAGCAAUAACAAAGGGAUAUUUAUUUUUUAUAAACUGCGCUUGCUCUGGUUUACCUUUAAUGUGGGAUAUGAGUGUUUUCACAGAGACGGACAUGUACGGCAAAACUGCAAACAAGCUAAUUUCCCGGCAGAUUUCCUUUCUUCCAGAUUUUGUUAGCAUGCAAAGUUUCUGCACAACCAAAUACAAUUGAUGUACAUAGACCUGCAAACAUUUAGCCAAAUUUGUUGUAUGCACUGGUGUUUGUUAGUUGUUUUUCUAUUAAAUUCGAGAGCAGCACAGGAAAGAAACAAGUGAAACCUCAUCUUUCUAAAAGACAAAACAAAACUAACACAAGAUAACAGAUGCAGGGACAGGGUGGCUACAUAGUACUGCAAAAUGACUGACUGACUGUUUUUGUGAGUGACUUUUCUUUUUAAAAAAAAUCUGCCUCUCAGUGAAUAAAGUGACGGAAGAUGUGAGUUUGCAUUUUCACAUAA